GGAUUCCGGCUGCUCCUGGCCAGUCCCAACGCCUGCUACAAGCUCUUCAAGGAGAAGCAGCAGCAGGGCCACGGAGAGGCCACGCAGUUCAUUGGGCUGAAGGGCGCUGAGAAGAGAAGCAUCGAUGAGAUCCUGGCAGACGAGUCCCUGCGCAGUGACAACCGGCACGUGCAGCCCAGGGGGAUCCCUGGGGGCGGGGAUGGGGUCUGGGGGUCCUGGGGAAUGGCCGGAGUGGGCGAGGACAGGGAGAUGCCCCAAGGGGCACGGAGGUGGCAGCUGAAGCGGAAGAGAGAACGGGGCACGAUCCCGCAGGCCCGUGGGCGGGAUUUGGAGGGCCGGGGUGGCAGCUCCAGCUCCUUCCCGCAGCGCUGCAUCGACUGGAACCGCGACCUGCUGAAGCAGGAGCUGGGGCUGAGUGAGCAGGACAUCGUGGACAUCCCGCAGCUCUUCAUCCUGACCAACUCCCGCGCCGACGCGCUGUUCCCGGACAUGGAAUAUUUGAAUUUCCCCCCCCCGCUCCUGGCAGAAUUCCUGUUAUCCCUGGUCAUUGCCGGGGUGCUGACCACUGUCCCCCCAUUGUCCCUGGCCAUUCCCGGGGUGCUGAUCACUGUCCCCCCACUGUCCCUGGCCAUUCCUGGGGUGCUGACCGCUGUCCCCCCAUUGUCCCUGGCCGUUCCUGGGGUGCUGACCGCUGUCCCCCCAUUGUCCCUGGCCGUUCCUGGGGUGCUGACCGCUGUCCCCCCAUUGUCCCUGGCCGUUCCUGGGGUGCUGACCGCUGUCCCCCCAUUGUCCCUGGCCGUUCCUGGGGUGCUGACCGCUGUCCCCCCAUUGUCCCUGGCCGUUCCUGGGGUGCUGACCGCUGUCCCCCCAUUGUCCCUGGCCGUUCCUGGGGUGCUGAUCACUGUUCCCCCAUUGUCCCUGGCUAUUCCCGGGGUGCUGAUCACUGUUCCCCCACUGUCCCUGGCCGUUCCUGGGGUGCUGACCGCUGUCCCCCCAUUGUCCCUGGCCGUUCCUGGGCUGGCCGUUCCCAGCUCGGCUCCGCGGGGCGCCGCGUCCUUCCAGGCUCAGGCCACGCCGGGGGUGCGGCUCUGGCUGGUGCACGAGACCCAGAGUGUGAAGUUGCCCUCGAGUGUCACUCGCUGGCCCCUGGCCCCCGGCCCCGAGCUGCUGCUGGCCAUGGACGCUCCCAGCAAGGACGUGGGAGACGAGAAGGUCAGGAUUUCCUAUUUCCGUGAGGACGGCGGGGUUCCCGUGGGCCGGGCUCUGCUCUACCUCACCUGCGUGGAAGUGUCGCUGGACGCUGACGUCAACCGCAGCGGGGCCGUGAGCCGGACACUGCUGGACAAGUCCAGCUGGACGUGGGGGCCCGAGGGCCACGGGGCCGUGCUGCUCGUGAACUGCGACCGUGACGACGCCGACGCCGAGGGCCCCGACAACGAGGACAGCGCCGUGCGCUCCUACAACGACCUGCAGGACAUGGCUCAGCUGGUGCUGAGGACGCGCGGGCCCCGCGCCAUCUUCACCGGGCACCGCCUGCUGCUGCACGUGGAUUUUGGCGACGCCGACAAAAUUGGCGUUUUCUACGGCGGCAGCAGCGGGGAGCUGGAGAAGUUCAGGCACGUCCUGGGGGGCUCCAAGCUGGCCUACAGCGUGCGGCCGAGCCGGCACCGCCACGAGAGCGUCUUCUACGUGGAGGCCCUGGCCUUCCCCGACGUGGCCUUCGCCGGCCUCGUGUCCCUGCAUGUCACCCUGCUCGAGAGCCCCGAGAAGGGCCUCCUGGAGUCGCCCAUCUUCACGGACUCGGUCGUUUUCCGCGUGGCUCCCUGGAUCAUGACGCCCAACACGGCGGCGCCGCUCGAGGUCUUUGUCUGCAGCGUGGACGGCAACGAGGAGUUCGUGGCGGCCGUGGGCGCGCUGGCCGAGCGGGUGCAGUGCCCGCUGACCGUGUGCCCGGCGCCGCAGAACCGCCAGGACCGCUGGAUCCAGGAUGAGGUGGAGUUCGGCUACAUCCAAGCCCCCCACAAAACCUUCCCCGUGGUCUUCGACUCGCCCCGGGACCGUGGCCUGAAGGAUUUUCCCGUCAGGAGCAUCCUGGUAUCCAGCCCCUUCCUCCUGCCUUGCCUGGCUUGGCUGGGCGGCCGCAGGAUGGCCAAGGCCGUGCACGAUUUCCUGGUGGCACAGAAGGUGCAGGCGCCCGUGGAGCUCUUCUCGGACUGGCUCCACGUCGGGCACGUGGACGAGUUCCUGAGCUUUGUCCCCGCGCCCGACCGGAAGGGAUUCCGGCUGCUCCUGGCCAGCCCCAGCGCCUGCUACCAGCUGCUGAAGGAGAAGCAGGAGGAGGGGUACGGCGAGGCACCCAUGUUCCAGGGGCUGGACAGGGUGCCCAAGCCAACCAUCAACGAGAUCCUGACUAACGAGGAGCUCCGCAAGUUCAAUGAUUACGCCCAGAGCUGCAUCAGCUGGAACCGGGACAUCCUGAAGCGCUCUCUGGGCCUGGCCGAGCCGGACAUCCUGGACAUCCCGCAGCUCUUCCAGGGCGACCCCACCUUGGGGGCCCUGGCCUUCUUCCCGGACAUGGUGAACAUGCUGGUGCUGGGCCGGCACCUGGGCAUCCCCAAGCCCUUCGGGCCCGUGGUGGGCGGGCGCUGCUGCCUGGAGCAGCGCGUGCGGGAGCUGCUGGAGCCGCUCGGCCUCUCCUGCACCUUCAUCGACGACUUCUUCUCCUACCACGUGCUGUCGGGGGACGUGCACUGCGGCACCAACGUGCGCCGCAAGCCCUUCGCCUUCAAGUGGUGGAACGUGGUGCCCUGAGCCCCCGGGCGGCGUCCUGCAGGGGAAUGUGCAUUUCCCGCAGCCCAGGGGAAGGUGCGUUUCCCGCAGCCCAGGGGAAGGUGCAUUUCCCGCAGC